GGCCCACGUACCACAAAAAAAAAAAAAUUGUUAAGAAGAUUCCUCAUCUGAAAAAGAGGAGCUUGGACUCGACGAGUGCUAAGUCUGGUGUUGGCUGGAGCUGACUGCAACUAUGUGAAGAGCCAAGAUCUGUCAGGGGAGUGACUCAUGGUUUGCCCUGAGAUAGCAGAGUACAAUGUGAAAUAGCAGGUACUCUUGUCCAGGCCCUCACCAGCACAUGACCCUAAAGUCUCCACCUGUUUUCAUAUCUUGGCUUACUUUUCCCCCAGCUUGGUAUUCCCUCUUCUUUAUUCUCUGCUUCUUCAAAAUCUGUUUGUAUCCCUCCUUAGAGAAAUUCUACUCUCCCAUGGCAGGGAGAGCGUCUCACAGUUUUCUGGUUCACGCACUCAUGUCUUAUCUUCCCAACUGUCUAUAACCUUCUUGAAGUUUACAUCUAAGUUCUGUACUCCUUUUCUUAAGCUCCUCCUACCCUGCUUCUUCCCCACCUCCUACCAUAUCUUUCACAGAGCUGGACUCAACUGCAGUUUUUAAAGCACCAACUAUGGUUUGCAUACAUUACCUCAUUUGGUUCUUAUAACAUUACCCUAAGGAAGAUAUUAUUUCCCUCAUGAUAACAUCCAACUCAUAGCUCUUUGGUCAAUCCAGUGAAAUGUAAAAUAUUUAGUGCCAUGUUUGGUAUGCAGUGAAUGAUCAAUAAGUAGCAGCUUCUGCUAUUAUUGUCACUACACUGAUGAAAACGCUGAGGUUUGGAAAGGCCAAAUCAUGAGCACCUAUUGCACAGUUAGGGGCUGAGUUUGAAUUCAGAUUCUUUUGAUUCCAAAAUCCAGUGACUUUAUUUCUGUUCUAGCCCUCCUGGGGAUAUGUUGGAUUGACAUUCCCCACUCCGUGCAAGGUAGUAUGACCAUGAAUCCUUGCUUCGGCAAAAGGUGACAUUUGUCGCACUCUGCUGCCCCCAUGAAGCGUGGACAUUCAGUUCUCAGAAUCAAAGGAGAAAGCACUAGUGAUGGGCUCACUGUAGGGCUCAAGUAACAUGAACACUGAUGUCUGUGUGUUUAUUGUUUCAGGAAGCUUUUCCAUCCCCUCAACAAUGGCAGUCUCUCCUGUCGUUAUCGUCACAGGGCACACACUAAACCAUUCACAGCUCUGGUUCUCCACAGUUUACAAAGCACUUUGUCAGACAUGUGGUGUCUCUUCGCUCUGCCCAAGCCUCCUGCAAAGGGUGUGCUUCUCCCUGCACAGUGCCGCUGCGUGCUGCUGCCUGGCCAGGCUCCGCGGCCACAGUCCUCAUCCUCAACGACAUAUGUCCAGCACCAUGAAGGGCUUCCUCUUUGCUGGUAUCAUCGUCAUGCUCACGGUUGCAGCUGUAGAAUCCUUGAGUUGUGUGCAGUGUAAUUCGUUGACAGACCGCUGUGUUGACAGAAAUGCCACUGAGUGUCCCGCAAAUGCCAGUAUCAGCUGUACCACUUUCUUGACGAACUUUUCUCUAGGAGAAAACAUCACAUUGUAUGAGGAUAAGGCCUGCUCUGCGGAUAAUUGCAGCGUGGCUGAGACCUUCACAGUCCACGUAUCUGCUAAUGAAACCUUCCAUUUUGCAAGCCAGUGUUGCCAAGGAAAGGCGUGCAAUGACACCAAUGACACCAUAGAUCCCCCACAGGAAGAGGUGUCCAGCGACACAGAGUGCCUUGCAUGUUAUGGAUCUAGUGAAACUUCCUGUACUGAGACAACCCGGAAAUGUUAUAAAGGAGAAAGAUGUGUCAAUCUAAUCGCAGAAUUUAAGAAUGAGAUGAAGCUCGUGCUGAAAGGCUGCUCCAAUGUCAGCACCUCCACCUGUGAGUUCCUGGCUACUGGAAAUCGGAUGGUUGGAGGAGUCACUUUCCUAAAGUUUGAGUGUGGAGACAGCUCCAAUGCCUCCUCAACACCCAGUCCCACUCCCCUGAGCACCACCAGUGACACUGGCUCUAAAGGCUUCUGCACACCCUUGACCCUUGCCAGCCUUCUCCUGCUGAGGUUGCUGCUCUGAGAUCUGCACCCUCAAACCCUCCCGUCCCCUGUUUAACUGCUCAGUGAGUAGCAGUAGCAGUCACAGCCUUCCAGGUAAUGCCCUGUGAUAGCCACAUUAUUCCUUAUUAUUAAAGCAUUGAUUCAUUCAAUGACCAAAUCUGUCCUGAUAUGUUCUGGGCUGGGCUUCCUUCAAGCCACUGUCCAGCACCACUUCCCAGUUACUUGCCUUUGAAAUCUUUGCACCUUU